GCCGAGGUAUCCGAUGUCCCAAUGGGGCCGUGAACGCACCGAAGAAGGCAUUCCUAUGGGAUUUAGCUAAUGAGGGAAAGUUGAGAAAACUAUUUCUUUUCUUCUAAAAAACCCCAGUGUUAGCGAUUCGCGGUAUUACACAAGUUUUCCCUCAACGGUGACUGCUUUUUGGACCGAAUUGGACCUCACGUUUUUGUUGUUUUUUGUUGGUUCGAACAAUGUCCGACGAAAAACAGCCGACCUCAAUUUCGAUAAGGGAACACGACAAAGCGUCGGGGAAUCCCAGGGCGGUUUGUAAGGUGUGUCGAAGUUUGUACCGGGAGCCCAGAAUCCUGCCAUGUUUGCACACCUUCUGCCUGGACUGCAUCAACCAGCUGGAGCCGUUCUCAAGGGGCGCUCGCGGUUGUCACCGGGACGGCCCGAUUGACGACGGAGAGGCGGGGAGAGCAGAGAAAGCCAACACCACGGUGCUCUGUCCCGACUGUGACUCCGAGGUGGACCUUCCUCCGUCGGGGGCGGUCGGUCUGAGCACAGACCACCUGGCGCUGGACGAGGUCUUCCUGGAGACGCUGGCGAGCGACAGCCCGAUGGGGUGCGACCUGUGCGGCGAGACGUGCGCCGAGAACCGCUGUGAAGUCUGCUGCGUCAACUUGUGCGAAUUCUGUUAUCAAGCGCACAGGCGGCAGAGGCGCACAGCGUCUCACCCCAUCCAGCGUUUGGAGGACCUCAAAUCCGGAGGUCGUCUCUGUCGUCCCGUCCUCUGCUCCCAACAUCCCGGCCAGGAGCUCCGCCUCUUCUGCCAGCCAUGUGACCUCCCCGUGUGCCUGGAAUGCGCCGCCACGCUGCACGUCGAGCACAACUGCUGCCCCACUCACGAGGUCAUCGACCGCCACGGAGACCGCAUCAGGGCGUUGGUGACGGUCACGCUGCGACCGCACCUGGAGCUUCUGGAGCAGACCCUGCAGAAGGUGGAGCUUUCCCAGCAGGCUUUGCAGCAAAGAGUGGAGGCCACGGCCGAUGAGGUGAGGGCGUUUGCACGAGGAUACGCCAGCGCGGUGGAAGCACACUGCCUGUCUCUGUUGCGCCGCCUGGAGGAGCUCCGCCUACAACGCAGGAACCAGCUCCACCUGCAGAGGGCGCAGCUGCAGCAGGCCGCGUGCGACGUGCGCGGCGCCGUGGACUUCGCCGAGAGGCUGCUGAGCUGCGGCUCGGACGCGGAGAUCCUCAGCGCCAAGGCCGUGACUCUGCGGAGGCUGAGCGGCUUGGCAGAGAGAAGCCGAGACCCCCACCUGGGGGCCCUCCUCCCCGACGACGGCAGCGCCAUCCGCUUUGACGCCGGGGAGGCGGCGGGGGAGGCGGGGGGCUUCCCGCUGGUGGGUGUCGUUCACUUCAAGGCGGUGGACCCCAGCAAGUGCAUCACAGAAGGAGAAGGCCUGCGGCGGGCCAGCGAGGGUCAGCGGGGUCACUUCACCCUCGUCUGCCGCGACUCUGCCGGGGAGCCGAUGGCCCGGGGGGGCGAUCACGUCCUGGUCAGCAUCCUUCACAGGGACAAGAAGAACUGCACGGUGGAGGCCACGGUGGAAGACCACAACGAUGGCUCCUACGAGGUUUCCUACACUCCCGAGGAGGCGGGGAUGUACUCCGUGUGGGUUUGUGUCAGAGCUCAGCACGUGAAGGGUUCUCCGUUCGUGUUGAGCGUGCACAGGAAGCCGAGGCGCCACACGGGCACGUUCCACUGCUGCUCCUUCUGCUCCAGCGGAGGAGCCAAGGAGGCUCGCUGUGGCUGUCCAGGAACCAUGCCAGGAGGAUUUCAAGGCUGCGGUCACAGUCACAAGGGUCAUCCCGGGAAGCCGCACUGGUCCUGCUGCGGAAGCACCGCCGAGAAGUCCGAGUGUUUGCCCGCCAGCGUCCUGAAGGCCGUGCCUGCCGGAAGCCACGUGAGGACCGUCGAGCUCUGAGAGGACGGAUAGAUGGGCGAGGUUUUCGGGGGGGGAAUGUGGGCGAUGGCGGGACCGAAGCAGGAAGUUAGACGAGGCAGUGAGCCUUCACGCGGUCGGGUAAAAUGUUACUUUGGAAGUGCCAACAAUACUUGAAAAAUUAGCGUUGAUGUCCUCAGGUGCCAAGAAUAUAAACAAUAUGGAUUGUUUUUAUUUAGUAUCGCUAAACAUUAGCGUGUUAGCAUUUUUGCUAUUUAAAGGUAUAAAUUUACAUCGAUGGAGUUUUCAUGUUCAAUGUUAACAUGCUAACAGUUAGCAUGUUAGCAUUGCUAGUUUACUAAGUUAUCAUGGUAACAUUUAAGGUAUUUUAUAUGUGUAAACUUACAUAAACAGUAAGUAUUAUUAUGCUUUGUUGGUACACAAAAAUUAUCAUGUUAGCUUGUUUGUUAUUUUCAAAGGUAUAAACUUAGCAUUUUAAUGUGCAGUGUUAGCAGGCUAACAGCUAGUAUGCUAACAUACACUAAAAUGCUGAAUUUAGCAUAUUCGAUAUUUUGCUAGUGUUGGCUUACAUAGAGAGUGGUUUUGUGUUAGCAUGCUAACUGUUUGCAGCAUGUUAGCAUUUCAGACAUGGUAUUAUCCUACAUUGACACACAGCGCGAUGAUGCCAGGUGUUAACCCACACAGUUAGCAUGCUAGCUACAGCAUUUCAGUCCGGCGUGAAUAGGAAGCUUGCAAAUGCGAUACCUGUUGAUUGCUAUGCUAGCUAGGGUGGGGGGGUGCUGGAGCCUAUCCCAGCUGUCUUGGGGCGAGAGGCGGGGUCCACCCUGGACUGGUGGCCAGCCAAUCACAGGGCACAUACAGACAAACAACCAUUCACACUCACAUUCAUGCCUAUGGACAUGCAAACUCCACACAGAGAUCGAACCCUUACUGUGUGGCCAACAUGCUAACCGCUCGUUUACCAUGCGCCCGUUCCUGUUGAUCCAUUUUGUAAUAUGUUCACAAAAAUAAACUCCAUUGAUCUUCGGACUUCAUUGUUUACCGAACUCACGGAGGACUUACAAAGUUAGAAUCUGCGGUU